AUGGGUUCCAAGGCCUCCACAAGCACCGUAGCUCUCUUUCUUGCCUUUAACCUUAUCUUUUUCACUCAGGUCAGUGCCACGAUCCUCCCUGCUUGCACAUCUGUCGUGGACUUGACUGUAUGCCUUGCUUUGCUGGGGGUCCCCAUCAUAGAUAUAGGUAGUCCAUGCUGCGGUUGCUUUACUGACCUUGUUGACCUCGACGCAGCUGCUUGCCUUUGCGCCUACUUGAAAACUCGGAGCCUCCUCACCCUGGAUCUCACAGCUACCGUUACAGCGAUUGUGAAUGGCUGUGGCAAGACCUAUCCAUCAGGGUACCAAUGUCUCUGA